AUGGAUUUCCCGUUCGAAUAUGUGGAAAGAGUCAUGCCUUACCCGAAGUUUGACCAUCAUUUUCUCGUAAGUCGCCUAGACACCUCCACCCGUUCUUUUCUUCUUCUUUCUUCAGACUUCUCCGUCUCUGGAGCGUCUGGGUAAAGCCAGAAAGGGAGGAAUGAAGGCGGGAAACAAGCCGGCGGCGGAGCAGGAGGAGGAGCAGGAAAAACCGUUCGGAAAACGUCAAGUUCGCGAGGACGACGCCGAAAAAGCGCUGAAAAAGGAGAUUGGCGAGUUGGAAGCGGAGCUGCGAGCCGCCGGCACCACCACUACGGAGGACGAGUCGACGGAGACGUGCACGUCUUCGGCGUCCGGAUGCAACGAAUCGCUGGUCGACACGUGCGAAUCCGACAUUGCUAUUGUCGGUCUCGGCGAGGACGGACGCGACAAACUGGCGGCCACGCGAUUCAAGUGAGAGGCUCCAUCCAGAUCAGUGUUGAGCGGAAUUCCGUCUUCCGUCUUCCGUCUUCCGGGAUUUUUUGUUCCGUCUUCCGCCUUCCGUCUUCCGGGAUUUUUUUGUUCCGUCUUCCGUCUUCCGUCUUCCGGGAUUUUUUGUUCCGUCUUCCGUCUUCCGUCUUCCGGGAUUUUUUUGUUUCGUCUUCCGUCUUCCGUCUUCCGGGAUUUUUUUGUUCCGUCUUCCGUCUUCCGUCUUCCGGGAUUUUUUGUUCCGUCUUCCGUCUUCCGUCUUCCGGGAUUUUUUUGUUCCGUCUUCCGUCUUCCGUCUUCCGGGAUUUUUUUCUUCUAAUGCGGUUAUUCAGGCUGCAAAAAAAAUUAUUGUUUUCCGUUUUUUUCGUUUUUUUACGUCAAAAAAUCCAAUUCAGCGAUGUAAAAAAACAACAAAAAAAACGGAAAACAAACGUACGCUGAAUGACCCAGAUUCAAAAUUUUUGUUGUUUAGUUAUUUUUUUACAAAAAAAAAACCGAAAAAUUUUCUACCGACUUCCGUCUUCCGUCUUCCGUUUUCCGGAUUUCGAAAUUCCAUUUCCGCUCAACUCUGCUCCAGAUGCCUUCCUUUUUUACGAUUUCGAUUUCGAUUUGCAGAAUAAUGAACGAGUGCGUUUGCACGGAUUCGGAGUGCGAAUCCAACUCGACGCUCUCCACGUUGCCCAUUUCGACGACUUCGGAAAGCGAAGAGGAGGAGAUCGUUUCGGAGGCGGAGGACGAAGAGAAAAAGGAGCUGGAGGCGGAGGAGGUGGGAAGUGAGUCGUCCGAAGAGACGAGCGAGUCUUCGGACGACGAGAUCGGGCUCGACACGGCCAUCGAACGAUUGGAGCGCAUUCUGGAGGAGAAGACGAAUCCGGGCGGCGUGAAGAAGAGCGACGAGGAGGAGGAGAUCUCCGACGGACUGGAUGGAGUCGAGGCGACGUCUGAAGAGGAUUCGGAAGAGGAAGAGGAGGAGGCAAAGUCGGGAGAGGAGGAAGGCGGCAAGGAAAAGGAAAAGGAGGCAUCCGGCUCGUUGUCCUCUUCCUCUUCCUCCUCCACCUCGACUUCUUCUUCCUCUUCCCCCCUAUCCGCUUCCACCAACUCGUGCCCCGUCACCUCUUCCGCGACGGACGACGACGAGUGGGAUUCGGACGGCGGCCAGCACUUCAACUGGGACUCGGACGAUCUUUACAAAAGCACGGACACCGACUCGGAUCUCGAGAGAGUCGUCGACUUUCUCGACAACGCCAUGAAGAUCGUAGACGGAGUUUUCAACGAGACGAACGUCGCGGCGGUCGCCAAUACCCCGCUUGACGCGCAGGUAAACUAUAUAGGCGCCGGGCUAGGGACCAUCAGUCUCAUUUGCAGAAAUAUCGCCACUUUGAGCUGACCUAUCCGGAAAUGCUGGAAACGGGCAAAAAGUACGAGAUGAUGGAGGAGCCGGAGAAGCAGAGUAGGAAGGAGGAGAAGGAGACGAAGAAGAAGAAGAACAAGAAUGACGAGUUGGAAAAACCGCCGAAAAAGUACUGGCUCGUGCAGCAAAUCGACUCGGGAAUGAUGCAUUCGGCGAAGAUUGUGAGCAGAAGGCAUCCGGAUCAUGUGCUCAUGCAAAAGGAUUUGGAUGUGAGAUAUUGUACACUUUUACUUCAUUUUUCUUUUUUGUACGACCCGGCACACGGGUACUGUAGCUCCGAAUGUAGUUUGAAUGAUGAUCAUAACUUUCAAGAGGCUACAGUAGGCUUGUAAGUGCGAGUACAAAAAAGUGAUCAACUAGAAAAAUAAAGCGCUAAUUACGAACUUUGAUUUUGUAGUUGACAAGAUUUUUCUACAACUGCUCUCAAAAGUAGAAAAAGUAGACAAAAGUAGGAGACCCGAGAUUUUGAAUAAAAAUGUUUCUAGAACACUCGAAAAGUUUUCAGAACGAGAGAAAGUUGCUGCGCCAGCUUCUGCCGGAGCUCGGCGAGCCCACACACAUUGCUCGUCUCCUCGACGCCGGCUUCAACGAAGACUUCAAGUACCUGAUCUUUGAGGACCUCGGCACCGACCUCUACCAUCUGUUCGACCAGUUCUCGGUCUCGUUCGACGCGGCCACCAUCUUUCUCGUCUCCUACUUCACGUUCGACGCCAUCAAAGAGCUGCACCGCUUCGGAAUCGUGCACACGGACGUGCGUCCGACGGCGUUCAGCGUCCAGAAGCAUCCGUUCAACGUGAAGAUUGUCGAGUACGGAAAGGCGCGUGCACGCGGCGCCGUCAUGAAGACGACGGAAAACAUGCGGCCCGACUCGUUCUCGCCGCGCGCGUUCCAUCAGAAAGACGUGCGAUUCGACGAUUUUGUCGAUUUUGAGUCGUGGAUUUAUACGGUAGGCCGGCCUACUGUAGACACCCACGCACGGGAUGAUCUUUCAUUCUUUAGAUGAUCUUUCUGUGCACCAAAAUCGGACUUCCUUGGUUCGGCGACGCGGAGCACAUGCUGCAACUAAAAGAGCACUACUUCAACAAUCCUCUCGAUUAUUUGGACCACAAAGGGUGUGUGGAGGCGGUGCCGAUGGCCACCAGCUACAUUAACGAUCACACAAUCGGCUACGAUCAGUUUAUCGAGAAAAUGAGUGAGUUUGCAGGCGGCGAACAAUUCGAAUUUCGCUCCUUUGUUUCAGAGCUGAUCUUCUCGGUCGACGCGAUGCGUUUUCCGGACACUGCGCAGCCGAUCUUCUUCAGCGUCGCCGACGUGAAACGCUACAAACCGGGCAAAUUCAACGCGACGAGCGACAAACGGAUGCGGUGCGACCACGAACACUGGAACCCGGCGGACGAGUCGGACUCUUCGGACGCCAUCAAAUCGGACGACGAACGGCUCAUCGAGAAGGAGCUCGUCGGCGGGAAGGCGGCCGAGAAGAAGGAGAAGAGUGCGUCGUGUCCGAUGUCGGCCACGGAGCAAAUGUCAUCGUCGGCGCCGUCGUCGGCGCCGCAAUCGGAGAAGGAGGAACGGACCGGCGGGCGGGAGCAGUCGACGCAGGAACAGUCGACGAUGCCCGAGACGGCGGCCGCAGAUGAACAGGUACUACCGUACUCCUCCCACCCCUACAGUAGUAGUUUUUCAGAAAUCGUCGGCGGCGUCGUUCCGCGAAGAGCGCUCCCACCGGAAGAUGCUCUCGGAGGUGCCGCUCUCCGAACUCUACGGCUCUCAAUCGUCGUCGUCGACGAGCGAAUCCUCGUCGGCCACCUCCUUCUCCUCCUGGACCUCUUCGACGUCCGCCUCCGAAUUUGAGCGUCGGAAGAAGGAAAAAGCGCGACAGGAGACGGAGGAAAGGCUUUUGGAUAGGGAAAAGAUGAAGAAGAACAAGAAGACGCGGUGGAGACAGGCGUGGAAGCCGCACGAUGAGCGCGCCGUCUCGGACGUUGACUAUUUCAGCGGGCUCGACGAGUACGAGAGGGCUCAAGUCGAGUCCUACCAGACACUCGUCACAGCUCACGAGAAGGGUGGGGGACUAGAAAUGAGCCGGGAAAGUUAGGCCACUUGUUGCAGAGAACCCCCGCGACUCUUCCGAUUCGGACGAUUCAGUCGGUGCGCAGCGGAAGCCGUUGGUGCCGAGACGCGCGGAAAAGUCGCAAAAGAGUCCGGAGAGCAGCAAAAUGGAAGGAUCGUCGGCGAACGAGAGAAAGAGCGAGGCGGCGAAGAGCUCGAAGUGA